AUGCAGGCGUACAUGGGCCCGAGUCUGUUCCAGCCGCACCGCGCGCGCCAGGCCAUCCGCGACGCGCACGAGAAGAAGAUCCCGUGCAUGAUUGGGUACUAUGCCGGGCUCAGCUCGCUGCCCAUCACGCGCUUUCUGGCGCCGAUGGGCUAUGACAUUGUCUGGAUCGACUGGGAGCACACCUCGUGCGGUGUCGAGACCAUGACGUCGAUGGUUCACGAGGCGAUGUUCAUGAGCGCGGGGCGCACUAUUCCUUUUGUCAGAGUGCCCGGGCACGACCACGCGGCCAUCGGCUUCGCGCUGGACGCGGGCGCGAGCAUCGUCAUCCCGCAGCUCGAGACGGUCGAGCAGGCCAAGCACGUGUGCUCGGCGGCCAAGUUCGGCACCAAGAACCGGGGCACACGGUCGGCGCCGCCGUUCCGCAUGAUCCCGGGGCUCACCGACAUGGGCAUGGACGGGCAGCGCGACGUGUGGCAGAACCUCAACGACCAGGCGGCCAUCAUGGUACAGAUCGAGUCGCUCGAAGGCAUCGAGAACCUAGACGCCAUCCUGACCGAGUGCCCGGAGAUCGACGUGGUGUGGCUUGGUAGCCUCGACUGCCGCAUCAGCAUGAACCUGCCGGCCAACUUCGGCCAGGGCAGCGAGCCCGAGUGGCUGGCCGCCGUCGACAAGUUCAACGCCACGCUCAAGAAGCACAACAAGCCCCGCGCCGGCUUCUGCAUGGGCUCCGGCGAGGAGCUGGCCAAGGCCGCCGAGGACAAUGUCAUCCUCCUCCAUGCCGCCGACGUCAUGCAGUUGAUGGGCAUGGCGCAGCAGCUUGCCGCCGCGAGGCAGGCCGUGGCGCUCAAGAAGGAGUAA